CACGCGCACCCACGGCGGAGGAUGGACCCUGAACACGUCCCGAGUGGGAAUAGCGCGGCUCGGCUCGGCUCGGGUCUGCAGUGAACCACCGUCGGAGCGGAGGGAGGACCGGGCUCGGACAUCCGCGUCCCCGAGCAGAUGGGCGGGAGCUGAGAAGGCGGUGACACAACCAGCUCAUCAUGGCCGACAUGGCUUCGCUGCAGAUGACGGACGACACGUGGGCGAACGGCAGCUCGUCCGACCCCUCGCCGGGCCUCCCCCUGUUCCUGUUCAUGUUCAACGACAGCAUCCUGAGCGACGCCAACGCCACCAACUGCACCAACAGAACCUGCCUGGACGAGCCCAUGGGUCCGGGCGUGGCCGGCGUCCUCAUCCCCCUCAUUUACAUCAUCGUCUGCGUCAUCGGAUUGGGUGGGAACACUUUGGUCAUUCACAUCGUGUUGCACUACUCCAAGAUCGAAUCUGUCACUAAUAUCUACAUCCUGAACCUGGCCAUCGCCGAUGAGUUGUUCAUGGUGGGGCUGCCGUUCCUGGCGGUUCAGAACACGCUCCAGUCGUGGCCGUUCGGACCCGUCAUGUGCCGCCUGGUCAUGACCGUCGACUCCAUCAACCAGUUCACCAGCAUCUUCUGUCUGACGGUGAUGAGCAUCGACCGCUACCUGGCAGUCGUCCACCCCAUUCGCUCCUCUAAGUGGCGCCGCCCGAAGGUGGCCAAAAUGGUCAACGGCACCGUGUGGGCGCUGUCGUUUCUGGUCGUCCUGCCCGUUGUCAUCUUCGCCAAAAUCCAGAAACCGGGGGGAACUUGUAACAUCACGUGGCCGAAGCCGGCAGACAUCUGGCAGGCGGCGUUCAUCAUCUACACUUCCAAUGUUGGUUUCUUCUGCCCGCUGCUCAUCAUCUGCCUCUGCUACCUGCUCAUCGUUUUCAAGAUCCGCAGUUCGGGCAAGAAGGUGCAUGCCACGUCGACCAAGCGCAGGAAAUCCGAGCGCAAAGUGACGCACAUGGUGGUGAUCGUGGUAGCGGUGUUCGUCUUCUGCUGGCUGCCGUUCUACGCCCUCAACAUCAUCAACCUUCUGGUGGUGCUGCCGCAGGAGUACCAGGGGCUCUACUACUUCGUGGUGGUGCUCGGCUACGCUAACAGCUGCGCCAACCCCAUCGUCUACGGCUUCCUGUCGGACAACUUCAAGCGGGGUUUCCGGAAAGCACUCUGCCGUUCCACGAGGAAGGUGGAGAACCACGAACCGAUGGAGCGGCAGCAGCAGCAGGAUGAAGGCCGGCGGGCGCUGAUGCCCCGCGAGAGCCUGAGGCGGGUCAUCAGGGAUGAAGAGGAUGACGAGGACGAGGAUGUGUCCGAGAUGACCGAGAUCUACAGGAUCGCCCAGAAUGGAAACUGCAGCUUCCAGACCAACGCUUCGCAGCCGCUGUUCUCCGAGAGGCGAGCGACACCAGGCGCCACCGAGGCAUCAACGCCGGAGAAGAAAGACAAACCCGGAGACGCCAAAGUCAAGGAGUCGGCCAACGGAUCAACGCUGACGGUGCCGCUGCUUCUCAACGGGACAAAAAACGGAAGCAUCAAAACUCUACCAGAGGAAAAUGUGGAACAGGGAACCUCGUUGGAGAUAAGUUACUUAUAAUGUAGGAUGUAAAGCAUCAGAACGUCUUCACAGCCUCUAAACGCCAAAAAAUAUUUCCGAUGAACCCGUGAACGAACGUCCUACAAACUGGUUUUAUGAUCAAAGUUCAGAGGGUGAACGUCUGAGCAUCAACCGGCGGCGUGGACGUGUUUGUGAGCUGUAUAUUCUGUACAAAUGCACGUCUGAAUGUACUUUUACCGCUUUGUACCUAUGGCAUUUGUUUUAAAUCCGUGUAUCGUUUGUUCUCUUCAUAUUCAAUUGAGAAUCCAUGAUC